AGCUCUGACUUCGCCUGGUCACACUACAGGCAGCCAAUAACAAUUUCGAAAAAUAAACUUUAUUUGCUGUCCAUUAGCUAAGCAAUAAACACUGCGCCACCUGUCGAUCGGCCUUUGCAAUAUGUCUGACGUGUUCAUCGUGUCCGCCGCCCGUACCCCCAUAGGUAGCUUUGAUGGAACGCUUUCUAAACUAAAGGCCUCCGAUCUGGGCAGCGUGGUGGUCCAGGAGGUGCUCCGCCGGGCGAAUGUGGAGGGCCAGCAGGUCAACGAGGUGAUUUUGGGCCAGGCCCUCACCGCCGGCCAGGGUCAGAAUCCCGCUCGACAGGCUUCCCUCAAGGCUGGUCUGCCCAUUCAAGUGCCGGCCUACAACAUCAAUAUGCUCUGCGGUUCCGGUUUGAAAACUGUGGCAUUGGGUUACCAGGCAAUCCGAUCGGGAGAUGCCCAGAUUGUGGUGGCCGGUGGUCAGGAGAGCAUGUCCCUGGCUCCACACGUCAUGCACCUGCGGCAGGGCGUCAAAAUGGGUCCCGGCACCCUGGUGGACUCCAUGCUCCAGGAUGGUCUCACCGAUGCCAUGGAAAACAUACACAUGGGCAUCACCGCUGAGAAUCUGGCCGAGCAGUACAAGAUUAGUCGCGAGGCCCAGGAUGCCUAUGCCGUGCAGUCACAAAAUCGAGCAGAAGAGGCGCAGAAAAAAGGCUAUUUCGACAAAGAGAUUGUGCCCGUGGAGAUCAAGGAUCGCAAGGGCACGCAGAUUUUUUCCAAGGACGAGUACAUCAAGGCGGGCAGCACCGUUGAGGGCAUUCAGAAGCUGAGGGCAGCCUUCAAAGAAGGCGGCACUAUAACCGCUGGCAAUGCGUCUGGUGUCAACGAUUCCGCAGCUGCUGUGCUGCUCAUGUCUGGCGAGGAGGUGGCCAAGAAGGGCGUUAAGCCGCUGGCCAAGAUUGUGGGCUGGACGCAGAGUGGCAUUGAACCCAGGGUGAUGGGACUGGGACCAGUCACAGCAGUGGAAGCUUUGCUAACAAAAAUCGGGUGGAAACGCGAGGAAGUGGAUCUGUACGAGCUUAAUGAAGCCUUCGCCGCCCAAUCCUUGGCUGUGUUACAGGACUUAAAGCUGGAUGCCAGCAAAGUGAAUGUGAAUGGCGGUGCCAUUGCCCUGGGUCAUCCGAUUGGAGCUUCAGGUGCCCGUGUCCUAGUCACGCUGCUCUACGCCCUGGAACGCACUGGCGGAAAACGAGGAAUUGCCUCUCUUUGCAUCGGUGGCGGCAUGGGAAUCGCCCUGGCCGUGGAGCGCCUCAACUAAUCGCCAAUAAUAGUUAUUCAAUAUAUUUAUUGCCUUUCCUGUUUCUCACUUAAGUGUAAACAAGUAGUAUUCCCAAGUAUGUACUUAGGGGCAGAACCCUUGUCACAAACUCAGUCACAAAGUCAACUUAAUUUCAAUUAAAACAAAUUUGGAAAGACCUG